AUGAACUUUGAAACACUGGCAACGGAAUGCCGCAGCGCCGCCUUUCGAGAAUCGCUUGGUAUUUCGCCAGUGUGGACGGAAGCUGCUGAGACGAUAAAAGAGCUCAUGCAUGAGCUUCAGGAUCAGAUAAAGGCUGCAGUACCUAAAACAAAUUGCAAAGUUAAUAUGCAAGAUGCAGAAUCGAUAGAUGAGGAUGACGAUGGCCUGAAUUAUACGUUCUAUGUGGAUAGCAAGGAUCCAACUGCUGAAGAGCUGCAUCACGAACUAUUGCCGUCCAAUCCGAUUGUAGAAGAUUCUAAACGAAUGACUAGUCAAGUCAAAGAUCUAACUGCAGUCUUUCGAUUCUUGCGCAAUGCAUGUGCAGCUUGCACCAACAAUCAGAACGCAUGUUUGAACGUCGGGGCGCAUGAAGUUGUGAUGCAUUGUUGUCAUUGGGUAGACGUCGAGGAUGAAACGUUAAAAACCGAAAUUAUUCUUCUUGCUCAAGUUGUGCUGCAAUUUUGCGUAAAUGGUGUCGCUAAAAAUGUAAAGAACCAAGAAGUCAUAUGGAUGUUGUUCUUUCCUGACAAAUUUCAGAAAAUUCUUGUGGAAUGUCAUCGACAUCGCAAGGUUAUUGCGUUUACUGUGGCAUUAAUGCUUAAUUGUUUUAACCUGGAUAGUAGCGUUGCCACGGAAAUCGAGAGGAUUGUCGCUCGACGCGUCGACUUGGUCUGCGCCCGUAAUUUAUUAAUUACCAUACUUCACCGUUGCAUACAGGGACCAUUUAAGUCAUCCGAGUCUUCUGUGUCGGUGAUCAGUGUCCCACACAUUGAUGACCAGGAUCCAGCUUUCGAUUGGAUUUGUAUGCUGUUUGGGGUGCUGUUCAACGAUGGUCGUACAAAACACCUUUACACUGCUGUUGGGGCGCAUAUACUCAGCCAACUUUGGUCUCGAGUGACUCCAGAGCAACUGAUUUUACUAAGGAUGUUCAGAAUGUGGGCAAUCUCGACGCUUAACUCAACUUGUAUUAAGCAGCAGCAACCUCCUCCCGGUAUAUUUGAGUUUGUGAAAAGCACGUGGCUGUACAUUGUUACUGAAGGCGAUGAGGACAGACCGAUCGAAGGAGACGAAGUGCGAAAAAAGGUUUGGAUAGGAUUGGAAAAUGAUGCCAAGUUGAUGCUGCUUGAUGUGUUUGGAGAACUGACAGUCGAUUACGCCAAGAUCAGCCCUGACGGAGCAACAGAUUUGCUGCAGUCGCUGGUGAAAGAGCUACACCGUGUAUGGAAGCGUGAACGUACUGAAGACAGGCGCCAUAUCGGUUCGACGUUGCAAUCGUCAAACGAUGAGCCCUGGGGAUAUAGAUCUGCACUAAUUCGCGUUAUUGGUAAUCUCUGUUAUCGCCAAAAAGAACACCAAGAUUUCAUUCGUGAGAAUGGAUAUCUCUCUUUGUUUCUUAAUCAUUGUAACGUUGACGAGACAAAUCCAAUGAUCCGAGAAUGGUCGUUAGUUGCCUUGCGCAAUUUGUGCGAGCAAAAUGUUGACAAUCAAAAGUUCAUCGAAGCUUUGCGUCCACAGGGAAUAGAUGAAGAUUCCAAUGUUGCUCUUGAAAAGGCUAAUAUGCAUGCAGACAUUGGGGAAGAUGGUAAAGUUCUACUGUCAAAGAAUGAUAGAUAA